AGUGCCUUCCUCCCAGAGAGAUUAUCUCAGCCCCUGCUGGACAUCUGCCUGCACCAGAGCCAUGGACGCCGCUCUGCUCCUGAACGUGGAAGGGGUCAAGAAGACCAUUCUACAUGGGGGUGUGGGGGAGCUCCCCAACUUCAUCACUGGAUCUCGAGUGACCUUUCAUUUCCGUACCAUGAAGUGCGAUGAGGAGCGGACGGUGAUAGACGACAGCAAGCAGGUGGGCCAGCCCAUGCACAUCAUCAUUGGGAACAUGUUCAAGCUGGAGGUCUGGGAGAUCCUGCUGACGUCCAUGCGGCUCAGCGAGGUGGCUGAGUUCUGGUGUGACACCAUCCACACAGGCGUCUACCCCAUCCUGUCCCGGAGCCUGCGGCAGAUGGCGGAGGGCAAGGACCCCGCCGAGUGGCACGUGCACACGUGCGGGCUGGCCAACAUGUUCGCCUACCACACGCUGGGCUACGAGGACCUGGACGAGCUGCAGAAGGAGCCGCAGCCUCUGGUCUUCGUGAUCGAGCUGCUGCAGGUGGAGGCCCCCAGCGAGUACCAGAGGGAGACCUGGAACCUGAGCAACACGGAGAAGAUGCAGGCGGUGCCCGUCCUCCAUGGAGAAGGAAACCGGCUCUUCAAGCUGGGCCGCUACGAGGAGGCCUCCACCAAGUACCAGGAAGCCAUCGUCUGCCUGAGGAACCUGCAGACCAAGGAGAAGCCCUGGGAGGCGCAGUGGCUGAAGCUGGAGAAGAUGAUCAACACCCUGGUCCUCAACUACUGCCAGUGCCUGCUGAGGAGGGGGGAGUACUACGAGGUGCUGGAGCACACCGGUGACAUCCUCCGCCACCACCCAGGCAUCGUGAAGGCCUACUACCUGCGGGCCCGGGCUCAUGCGGAGGUGUGGAAUGAGGCAGAGGCCAAGGCGGACCUGGAGAAGGUGCUGGAGCUGGAGCCGGCCAUGCGGAAGGCGGUGCAGAGAGAGCUGAGGCUGCUGGAAAGCCGCCUGGAGGAGAAGCGGGAGGAGGAGCGGCUGCGCUGCCGGCACAUGCUGGGCUAGGGCGGGGCCUUGCGGCCUCCCACCAGGGCUCCCACCGGACAGCGGGCACCGGGCAC